AUGUUCAAGACAGUUGCUGGUGUGCCAGACCAUUAUGAUGCUUCCAGAUCGUGCUCGCAAUGCCAUGGCACCAGACGUUCGUUGCUUCGUCGGGACUUGGAGAACACCACUUCGUCAUUCCCAGCCAUGGUCAACGCGCUCGAAGUAAUGCAAUCGCUUUUCUGGGACCCAUCAAAUUCGACAUGGCCAACCGGAAUUGACUGGACUAUGGCUACUUUCAAUACAGACAUUUCUACAACCUUGGCAACGAUGGCUACCUACGAAGACUCGACAUAUGCUAGCGACAUCCAGGAAUACUUCUCCGAAGUCGUUGCCUUCUAUUCAGGGGAGGAUGCGAUUGGUCUUACCACUCAGAAGUUCGAUGAUGAGCAAUGGGUCAUUCUCGAAUGGCUUGAGGCAAUCAAAUUUGUGAACUUAUAUUCGAGCAUCGAUCCAAGUUUCGACGGACAACAGUACAUUCCAGAAUUUGCCCAUCGAGCUCGAGUCUUCUGGGAUCUCGCUUCGCAAGGUUACAACACGACUCUAUGUGGCGGCGGCAUGGUGUGGACGUAUUCACUUGCGCCAUACAAAAAUGCGAUCACAAAUCAACUCUUUGUCGCUUCUAGUAUAGGGAUGUAUCUUUACUUUCCUGGUGACUCGAAUCCAAAUCCUUCUCCAGACCCGGACACGCCAUAUAACUCUUCUCAAGCACUUCCUCCGAUUCAAGCACGCGACCAAAGAUACCUCAAUGCUGCAAUCACGGAGUAUGAUUGGUUGUCCACAAGCAACAUGACAAAUGCUCAGGGACUCUACGUCGACGGAUUUCACAUCACAGGCUACGUCAAUACCACUGACAUUGGGACCGGCAAUUGUGACUCAAGAGACGAGUCUGUUUACACCUACAACCAAGGCGUUCUCCUUUCUGGCCUCCGAGGACUUUGGGACGCAACUGGGGAUCAGAAGUACGUCACAGACGGAUAUACUUUAAUGAACAGCGUGAUCAACGCCACGGGAUGGCCAGAUGUAUCCAACAACACAUGGGCUGGUCUAGGCUCGAACGGGAUACUGCAAGAUCUCUGCGAUGUUGAUGGAAGCUGCAGUCAAGACGCGCAAAACUUCAAAGGAAUCUUUUUCCACCAUCUCACACUAUUCUGCCAGCCCCUCGCAAUGGACGAAGCUCAACAGAAGAGCCAAAACACCAGCAUCAUCUUCAACGCGACUCCAGCGCAAGCACAAGCUCAUCAGGCACAAUGCGACACCUAUACACCUUGGAUUCUACAUAAUUCUCAGGCUGCAUAUGCAACCCGGAACUCGUCAGGCGUUUAUGGAGGGUGGUGGGAUGCUAAUUAUACGGUUCCGGAGGGCUAUACCGAUACUGUUCCUGGGGCCGCAGAUGUGAUGAAUAAAGGAAUUCCUCAGAAUCGUAUCUGGAGACUUCCGAACAAUCCUCCGGUUGCAACCUCUGGUCUGACUCCUGUCGCAACUACCGUAGCUACAGAUCCGAAUGAUAGAGGGAGAGGCAGAACGGUGGAGACGCAGAGUGGAGGGUUGGGUGUUAUGACUUCCUUGGUGAAUGCUGAAGAAAGCUGA